AUGAGGCAUUAGCUAACUAUAAGGAUUAUAAGUUAUGCUGAUAACUAUUUUUUGUUCACUUCGGUAUUUUAAUUCCCGAGAUUAUUCAAAUAUUGUUGAAAACAUUUAUAUUUUGUAAUAGGUGGUUGACUUGGUUUAUUGUCAUAGUACUUCCAUUCAUUACAACAUAUCUAUUUGAAAGAAAACAACCUAAACUUUAUCGACCAAUUUUUACAAUAACCAAUAAUGGCAGAGGAUGAAGAAGAUAAGGAGUAUCGGUGGGAAACAGGUUAUGAAAAAACAUGGGAAGCAAUCAAAGAGGAUGACCAUGGAAUGUUAGAAAUCUCUGUUGCAGACAUCAUACAUAAAGCAAAAAGGAAACGUCAACUAGAGAGAAAAGAAGGUUCACGUUUAGGAAUGAUGAGACAUUUAUAUGUUAUUCUUGAUUGUUCUGAAUCUAUGACAAAUCAAGAUUUAAAACCCACUCGUUUUUUGUGUGCUCUAAAACUUUUAGAAGAUUUUAUAGAUGAAUUCUUUUACCAAAAUCCAAUUAGUCAAUUAGGUAUUAUUAUAACAAGGAACAAAAGAGCUGAAAAAAUCACAGAUCUCACUGGCAAUUCUAAAAAGCCACUUAAAGAUUUAAGAAAUUUACAACAAACAUCUUUUACUGGUGAACCAUCGUUGCAAAACUCAUUAGAUAUUGCGUUAAAAACAUUAAAAAUGUUACCAUCGCAUUCAAGUAAAGAAAUUUUAUUAAUAAUGGGUUCUUUAACUACUUGUGACCCUGGAGACAUUGGAGAAACAAUACAGACUUUAAAAACUGAAGGAGUUAGAUGUAGUGUCAUUGGUUUAGCUGCAGAGUUAAAUAUUUGUAAAGUAAUGGCUCUUAAUACUGGUGGUGAUCAUGGAGUGGUAUUAGAUGAUAAGCAUUUCAAAGAGAAAUUAACAGCACACGUUGAUCCUCCACCUGCUGCAACACGAUUAGAUGCAGCUCUAGUCAAAAUGGGGUUUCCCCAUCAUGCUUUACAUGCUUCUACAACAGAAUUAUCCGUUGCUGUGUGCAUGUGUCAUGCAGAUAAAUUAGAAGAAAAUUCAAGGUUUACCAAUCCAGGUUAUUUAUGCCCUCAAUGCCUUAGUAAGCAUUGUGAAUUACCAGUAGAAUGCAGAGCUUGUGGACUUACGCUUGUAUCAGCUCCGCACUUAGCUCGAUCGUAUCAUUAUUUAUUUCCUAUCAAACAUUUUAAAGAGGAACAAUAUGAAGGAGUUCCAUCAAGUUGUUAUGCUUGUCAAAAAUUUUUUGUUGAAACAGACAGAAAGAUAUAUGUUUGUGAAAAAUGUAAGCAAAUAUUUUGUAUGGAUUGUGAAAUUUUUAUUCAUGAAUCUUUACACACCUGUCCUGGAUGUGCGACAAACCCAGAAAUUAUGUUUAAAUCCAUAAAUAAUAGUAAAAAUCCUUUAUAGCUACUGUAGUC